AUGCAGAAACAGGAACAGCUUCUAAAGGAGGACCCCUUCCUGUGCGACGCCAACUGGAACCUCGUCUGGAGGUACCUCCCCCUGUUCACGGCGGAGUCGUUCUUCACCAGGCUGUCCAAGGGGCAUAUCACACUCUCCGCUGAUGAGCUGGAGGACAUCCGAGACACGAACGACCGUGCUCGGAAGCUGGGCGACCACCACCGCAGCUUCUUCGAAGUGCUCAAGGCGUGGUUCCGGGAGAGGAAGGGAGGUUUCUCCUACUCCGGGAUUCCACACCGGCUGAGGUCCCCCUGGUACGAGUACCACACCAAGUUCCUCUUCGCUGACGCCGGCGGGGAGGCCGUGUGGGGCAACCUAGAGUCCUUCCUGGCGAAUCACACCGCGGCCGGGGAUGAUUCUGUGGAGUCAUGGACCGGGCACCUCAAGCACAGCCGUUUCGACGGAGGCAUUACCGGAACCAUCGACAAGUUCAGCCGCACACACGACCAUGCCAGGGAGAAGACACAUAAGCCUGCGGGGGCACGCGGAGAGGAGAAACACGAAGCAGAGUGUUCCCGCUCGCCCAACAAUCCAAUUGCGGCCGGGACGUCCCUGGACACACCGACGGGCACGACGGCUGCUACUACCACCACGGAAAAAGCGGAGGCCGGGGCGGCAGCGGGGUCACCCACCAGUCCGAUGGCUUCCUUCGAGGGCGAGGACCACGACCAGAACGACGUUAAGGGCAGGAAGGGGAGCAUGAGCAAGCGCAUGUUCCAGCGGGCCGCGACGUUCGCCCAGAACGCGGGGAUCAGCCUUAGCCACACCCACGACCACGGGAGGCAGGACAAGGACGGCCUCAACGAUCAGGGGAUCGACAAGAGCGAGCUACUGGAGGCCAGGUUUCGCUUCCUGCAGAGCCUGAAGGCCGAGUACUUCAAGGCCAAGCGCGAGGGGAAGCUCGGCAGCUCAGGGCUUCGCGUGCUGACGGAGUCGAUCAACAUGGCUCACGACAAGGUGGACAAGGGGGGCGAGCUUGACGGUUGGUCGGAGCUCAGUGGCCGGUUCUCGAGCGGGUGGGAGAUCGUGUUCGCCAAGUACAUGAACUGGUGGCCGGCGAGGCCGUGCAUAGCGAUAGCCAUCGCGAGGCGCGUCUCCUUCCAGAUCGACCUCGCAUGGAACUUCCUCGAGGCCCACCACGAGAGCAACGUCAAGAGCCUCCUCGCCGACAACGGCAAGGUUUCCGACGUCCAGUGCCAGGUCAACCUCGAGAACCAGAAACAGAUUGACUCCGUGGAGGAGACGAUCAACAGGCUUACCAUCGAGGCGCCCAUGGUGAUGCGGAGUGUCAAGACCCGGACUGCAGCCCGCAUAAUGGUGGAGCGCUUCCGGGAGGCGACCGAAAUGCUCGCCGAGAAUGGCCACCUCGAUGAAAAGGAGGAGGAAGUGCUGCAGCACGCCGUGACGAACGCGGAGAUGAUGAUCGCCUACCACCCCAACCUCGAGGAGCUGCCGGAGCUCAGUGUGGUCCUCGAGAAGAUCGAGUUCUUGCACGAGCUCACGCCCGAGCAGCGGCAGAGGCUUAUCGACGUCGGCGCGUGCUUCUACCACGAGUACGUCGGGGAGGUGAGGCUGAUGGAGAUGGGGAAGCUCGGGGCCAGGGGUACCAAGAGGAGCGCCGAGAGGGACUUCCGCUUCCGCGGGUGGUUCUACGUCGUGAGGGGUCAGGUGGAGAAGGAGUGGAAGAAGGAAGAUGGAGAGACGGAGUGCAUGACUCAUUCCUCGGGGCUCCUUUUCGGCAUCACUGACGCCAUGCUCGCUGUCCCUCACCACGCCGGAUACGUGACCCACGGGUUCAGCAACCUCAUCGUGUUCGACAGACACCGACUGUUCCAAGAGGCCGAGCAGAUGCCGGCUCUGGACUGCUCCUUGUGGAAGUCUGUGGCCUCUCACUGCCUAAGGCGGAACUCGCGAUUCCAUCGAUACAAGCUCCAGAGCUGCCACAGCCUGAUGGAUCGAGCGGCCUUCCUCAGCGGCGGAUCCGGGAUGAUGGGGCAGGAAAUGGUCGAAAUGGAGGCCGAUGACUCGCUCAUCCUGGUACGCGGGAAGAUUCUGGAGGUGGAGGGGAAGGUCGCCAUCGGGCCUCUCGGGCGCGCCGACACCUCGGCGGCACCGGUGCUGAUGGAGCCCGUUGGCCGCGGUACGGGCGGCAAGGUCACGCUCUCAGGAGACUACAAGGCGUUCAAGCUCCCGUCUGACAUGCUCGCGAACUUCGCGAAGGAGGAAAGAGGAAGGAUGCUUCUCCAAAAGACCAGGAAGCGCGAGUCGAUGUCCAUCUCCACGAUGAACCCCAUGAGCAACAACAACCACCGGAGCAGCCCCAACAGCCCGAUGACGGGAGACUUCGUGUCGGAGGCGGCGGAGGCCCAGCAGAGGUCCCUCGCCAUGUCGCAGGCCAUGGAGGAGAACCUGGCCGCCAAGUUCAACCUCAAGAAUCCCGUUGCCGCGAGGGUCGGUGCGCAGGCCGCGAUGAAGUUCAUGACCGGACUCAAGCGCCGGCAAGAGGAUGCGGACGGUGUGGAUGCGGACCCGGCGAAAGCGGCGGCUGCUGCGGUGGAGAGGAUGGCGGAGGGGGGUGGUGGUCAUGGCGGUGACAUCUACGGUGAAUGA